AUGUGUACUAGACAAUUCAUUUUGUUGGUGAUUAUUUCGUGCUUAACGCUCCAUUACUCAUCGCAAGUAAACAUUAGCAAUCAUACUAUCUUAAGACCUAUCGUUGAUCGUAUAUUUCUACGUAAGCGACGCUGGCUCUUAUUUCCUAAAGGAAGUUCUUUGAAAUUUACCGUAUUCGUUAGUAAACGUCUCCUGGCUUUAUACCCCAAGGGUUUCAGUUUGAACAUAGAAGCUGCUACUUAUUAUCCAAUGCCUACCAGUCGAAUUGAUUUAUUAGCAAAUCAAUUUCACAAACCUUCUUCUGUAAUGGGCGCGGAUAAAAACGUCUUAAUUGCCACUAAUCUAACGAAACAUCACGACAAAUUAAGCAAGUUAUAUAAUAUUACCGAACCACAAUGGCUACCAAAGAAGCCAUAUUAUGCAUCAGAUUAUCAAAAACUAUUUUUAACAAAAAUGAAAUUAAAAAAUAAGUCAUGGUCAUCAAAGAAAUAUGCAAAAAACAUCUAUAAAAAAAAUUACAGUGAAUACCAACCAAAGUACAUACCGGAGCGCGGAAUAAUUGAACAAUCACAUCAUUAUUACAAUGUCCGUGAACGUCGAGAUCUAUUUCAUCAUUUUGAAGGCUUUAGUAAAUUUUUGCAUGUUGACAUAAAGUCUUGUAUUUUAAGAGCCAUUUGCGAUAGUAAAAAAUUCUUAAAGUUUCCAGGUUAUUCGCUUUUGCAUGACGUAUUAAGGAUUUUUUUUAGCUUUCCUACGAAAUAUGGUUUAGAUGAUGACUACAGCAAUAUAAUUGAUUCAGAUUACGAUACUUGUGCUGGAUGUAUUUACGACAAAUGUCCUUUCAGUAUAUUGGAUAUGUUUAUGAGUUCUGAAAACAAUAUAAUUAAAAAGAAAUAA